AUGGCCGCUAACCAGGACGACCGAGAGUACGAAAUCGAGCGCUUCAUGCGCCACAGAGUUAACCGAAAAAAGAAGACAGUCGAAAUUCUCGUCAAAUGGACAGGCUACACCUUCCCAACGUGGGAGCCCGAGGCCCUCCUACAAGAAACCGCUGGCCGCACAUUAUAUCGGUACUGGGAUGAACUCGGUGGCCGUGGUGUAGCCACGCGUCUUCGAGAUUAUCAUGUAUUCAAGAUCCUGGCCAGAGUGUGGAAGAAAGGUGCAUGGCAUUACAACUGUCAGUGGGUGGGAUACUCGGAUUUGAAGGCGGAUACUAGUUUGGAGACCGAAAAAAAGGUAAGGAGGAUUGCCAGGAAUGUGCUUGCUGAGUUUGAGGCUAUACACGGAGCUCCUAAUCGGCGGAACACUCCAGCAGCGGAUCUCUAG